AUGUUGUCUCGCCACUCUUGGCCAGUGAUCGUGGUGCGUUCGGUUUUUGCCGUGCUAACCUUCAUUUUCGGUUGCUUGUCUCUACGGUUCACUCAGCAAGUGGCCUGGGCGCUUCUUAGGAAACAUAAGAAGGCGUACCAUGCUAUGAUCAACUUGACCAAACUUCACUUCUUGCAGCUUCUAAGCUUCCUCACGGCCUUGAUCAACCCGCUGAAAAUCACCGUUACUUUCGAUAAGACGACGCUUCCUGAUCUGACCUCGUUUAGGGUCGAUUCCCUGGGCAACUUGAUCUCCAGUCUCCUGCCAAACUCGGUGUGGAUUUCAAACCAUCAGAUUUACACAGAUUGGUUGUUUCUUUGGUGGUUGUGCUAUACGGGCCGUUUUGGUGACUCUGUCUAUAUCGUGCUUAAGGCUGCAUUGGCUAAGAUUCCAGUCUUGGGCCCGGGAAUGGAGAACUAUAAGUUCUUGUUUUUGCUGAGAAAAUGGGAUUUGGAUAAGGUCAAUCUUACCAACAGCUUAUUAGAAAUCGAUGCCGAUGCUCGUGGUCUUGGCCCGGCCUCUGGUGUUUCUCAUGUCACUUCUACUUCCCAGUCUACUACGCUACCGGGCGUCCUGAUCUGGCCAAAGGGUAAGGUGCCAGAAGCUGCUAAGGAUUCUACAGUGAUUUGGCCUUACCAGAUGAUUAUCUUCCCUGAAGGUACUGUCAUGUCUCCACACACUAGAGAACGCCUGGACAAAUUUGCAAAGAAAUUGGGCCGCCCGGUUUUGAAGCAUACUUUGCUUCCGCGUGUCCGUGGGUUGUUCCUUAUGUUGCGUUCGUUGAGAGAUACCGUUGAAUAUGUCUACGAUGUUACCUGUGCCUACACUGGUCUUACUGCAGAUGACUACGGUGAAGAGGUGUUCACCCUUAAGGCUUACUACCUCAAGGGCUACGGCCCCACUGCAAUCAACUACCACAUUCGUGCGUUUGCGCUUAAGGAUAUUCCUUUGGGCGACGACGAUCUGGCCGAUGUGGACAAUGUGCCACCUGAAACCUUAGAAGCAUUCGAAAAAUGGUUGUUAGACAUCUGGUAUGAAAAGGAUGAACUCAUGAAGGAGUUCUUUGAAAAUGGUCUGUUCACCAAGGCACCUUCUCUCUCUCCUGACACCACCACGGUGGAAGCAGAUUUUAAGUUACGUUCCAGUUAUGAAAUUCUCGGCCCAUUCAUGGUCACCGUUGUGGCGGUGGUAUUGGUCCGCCUUGCCUGGGUUUUGUUCUGGAAGUUUUUCUAG